CUUUCAACUUGACUGGCAGCCAACACUUGCUAGCAUAUAACCUAUGCUGUCAUUUAGUCCACAGUUGUGUUAAGUAAAUUAUGCAUGUUUGGAAAAUUCAAGGCAUAAACACACUUGUACAACAGAAAAACACUUCCGGUUUCGAUAUUUUACUUACAGCGGUCAAAAAUAACUUUCUUUUAUAACUCGACAAAAAAGUGACAGACAGGACUAUUUUUUUCUGGAGCAAAUGGGUUACACAGUUUGCACAUAUUGACGUAGUUAAGUCAUUCGGGCUCCCGUAAUUUUCGCGGAAAUCGAUGUGUUUCUUUCGUCCCCUGUUUCUUUCGUUCCGGUUCUCCCCUACGCCAUAGUUUCCGCAAUGUUCAAAGGCGAAUAAUAAUGAUCAAUAAUACAGUAUCAAUCCUAAAUAAAGUAUAAAAAAAACUUAAAAGAACUCAUAUUCAAAGUUGUAGUUACCAUGUAUACCGCACUAUUUAUUACAGGGAUAGUUGCAGGGAUUUAUAUAAUCUGGUACAAUGUUUUCAUUAAAAGACAGAGGUGUAAAAGCUCUACUACAUUGCACGGGAAGACUGCGAUCGUAACAGGGGCCAACGCAGGCAUUGGAAAGGCCACAGCCCUGGAAUUGGCCAGAAGAGGGGCGAGGGUCAUCCUGGCCUGCCGAAGUCAGGAAAGAGCAGAGGCUGCCGUCCGUGACAUUAAGAGGGAAAGCGGGAAUGCAGAAGUGGUGUACAUGCAGCUGGACCUGGCGAGCCUGCAGUCGGUGCGCUCCUUCGCUGAGACCUUCCUAAAGACAGAACCAAGACUGGACCUUCUCAUCAACAAUGCAGGACUCAUCCUGGAAGGAAAGACAGAGGAUGGCUUUGGCAUGAUCUUUGGUGUCAAUCACCUCGGUCACUUCCUGUUAACUCUUCUGCUGCUGGAGCGUCUGAAGGAGUGUGGCUCAAGCCGAGUGAUAAAUGUGUCCUCCACAUCUUACACUUUGGGAGCCAUUGAUUUCAACUACCUGAGCACUCACAAAGAGCUUGGUGUGGGGGGCAGCAGCUUUCGCCUUUUUAAGUUGUACGGCCACAGCAAGCUGUGCAAUAUGCUCUUUACUCAUGAGCUGGCGAAGAGACUGCAAGGAACCAGUGUCACCUGCUACAGCGUGCAUCCAGGACCAGUCAAAACGGAAAUAACUCGUCACACCAUUAUAUGGUACUUCUACGUUCCUACAAGCUGGCUGUUCACUGUGGACCCAGAUUCUGGUGCCCAGACCACCCUGCACUGUGCCCUCCAGGAGGGCAUUGAGCCGCUGAGUGGCCGUUACUUCUCCAACUGUGCCGAGGAGGAAGUUCUCCCCAAGGCCAAAGACGACGCGGUGGCCAGGAAGCUGUGGGAAGUGAGCGAGAGACUGAGCGGACUGUCCUGAGAGAACAUCAGCACCUGGCCUCCCGCAGUCCUGAUGGCUACAGAUAGGAAACGUUGUUUUGUACACAUGAGCGCUUCGUGGGAUUUUGGCAAUAUCAUUUUAUAUGAAGACCCUAGGCCAGGGGUCUGCAACCCUGGUCCCAGAGAGUUGCAGGGUCUUCUGAUUUUUUUAACUUUUUACUGCUACUCAGCACUUAAUUAAUCAAUCAAGGGAGCUGAUUACACUGUUAGCUUAUCUGGUUUUCGGGGUCUGAAUUUUUUUCUGAUGCCUGGACGAGGGCUACAUACCUUUGCCUAAGCAGAAUAUGUAUUAAAAAAUUAAUUUGUGAAAAAAAGAUUCUCAGCAUGAAAAAUAUGCCAUUGUGCGAAACAUGAUAAACACAGAAGUUCUCUUACCAUUAAAAUGUACUGCACUAUA